CCCCUAUCGAAGAUCGGAUUUUCGUCCGUUUCUAUUUCUCCGCUAUUUCUACUCGGUUCGCCUUAACAUCAUCAAUCGAGUAGGGACUCUCGUAUCUGAAGCUUAAGUAAGCUGGGAAUCAGAAGUACAGGUAGUAAAGCUUCGCAGCCUAGUGAUACCUAACCAUGACUUCCAACUCAGGAGACCCGCCCAAGGAGGGCGUCUUCGGAGAGAAAAAGGGGUCCGACAACUCAGACGUGUCCCGUGCCGAAGUCGAAAAUCGAUACAGCAAAGACAAUAUAGUAGACGAAGAUGUGAGACGCCGCCUGGAAGCUUCAGCCAAAUUGGAGAACCCCCUUGGUGGUCUCACUCCAGAACAGCUAGCUCAACGCGGUGAGGACUUUUGUGCGAAGCACGGCUUCACCAAUAAAGACGACAUUCGAGCUUUCCGACUCGGCGCUAUGAUCGCAGGAAAUAUGAAUAAGUACGAUACCGUCGACGGACUUACCGAUAAUGAGAGAUUGGUGCUCGAUAGAGAGCUUACUCACAAAUGGUCCAACCCGGGCAUGCUCUACGCCGUCAUCGUCAUCUGCUCGCUCUGCGCUGCCGUUCAGGGUAUGGAUGAGACUGUCGUCAAUGGCGCGCAAGGCUUUUAUAAGAAAGAGUUCGGCAUCGAUGAUACCAACUCUUCCAGAAAUUCAUGGCUUCUGGGCCUAGUAAACGCUGCACCAUAUAUCUGUUGCGCUUUCGCUGGUUGCUGGCUCACCGAGCCAAUGAACAAAGCCUUCGGUCGCCGUGGUACCGUCUUCAUCUCUUGUAUGGUAUCGGCUUUGGCGUGCUUCUGGCAAGCCUUCACAAACACUUGGUGGCACAUGUUCAUUGCCCGUUUCGCUCUCGGGUUCGGUAUCGGACCAAAGUCCGCUACAACACCCAUCUUCGCUGCUGAGUGCUCCCCGCCAAAACUCAGAGGGGCUUUGGUUAUGCAGUGGCAGAUGUGGACGGCGUUCGGCAUAAUGCUUGGCUAUGUCAUGGACCUCGCUUUCUUUGCUGUACCUGAUCUAUCUGGCAUCAUCGGUCUCAACUGGCGUCUGAUGAUGGGAUCCGCGUUGAUCCCUGCCGUCAUCGUCUGUGCUCUGGUCUACUUCACCCCUGAGUCACCUCGAUGGUAUCUAACUAAGAAUAGACAUUUGGACGCUUAUAAGUCCAUCUGUAAGCUUCGAUACGAAAAGGUUCAAGCCGCUCGUGAUCUAUUUUACAUGGACGUUCUCCUCCAGAUCGAAAAUGAGACCCUACACCUAAGUCAAAGUAAAAUCAAGGAAUUCCUCACUAUUCGCCGAAAUCGCAACGCGAUGAUCGCAUCUGAGGUUGUUAUGUUUAUGCAACAAUUUUGUGGAGUAAACGCCAUCGCUUAUUACUCAACCCAAAUUUUCAUCCAGGGCGGAUUCUCUACUCAAUCAGCCCUCGCAGCGUCUCUAGGCUUCGGUAUCGUCAACUUCUUGUUCGCUAUUCCCGCCUUCUAUACCAUCGAUACCUUCGGCCGACGUAACCUACUCCUAACUACUUUUCCUCUGAUGUCACUUUUCUUGUUUUUCACUGGCUUCAGCUUCUGGAUUCCGGAGGAUAGCACUGCUCAUGUUGCAUGUAUUGCACUGGGUAUAUACUUGUAUGGCAUGGUAUAUUCUCCCGGUGAAGGGCCCGUUCCGUUCACCUACAGUGCCGAAGCAUAUCCAUUAUAUAUCCGCCCAAUCGGUAUGUCGCUAGCAACGGCAACGACCUGGCUCUUCAACUCAGUCAUUUCCCUUACCUGGCCGGCCUUAACUUUAGCCUGGACUCCCCAAGGUGCAUUUUCUUGGUACGCGGCGUGGAACAUAGCUGGUUUCUUCCUCGUGCUCUUCUUCGUUCCCGAGACAAAGGAGAAGACUCUGGAAGAACUCGACGCCGUCUUCAGCGUGCCGCUGCGCCGCUUCAUGCGGUACGGCCUGUCCCAGUUCUUCUAUUUUUGGAACCACUAUAUCUUCCAACGCAAUGUUCCGGCGCCCAAGGUCCCGACUAUUGCCGACGACAUUGUAUACACCGAGCACCAGUUUUCCGAAGAGAAGACCCAUGACGCGACAGCUCGCGUUUAGACGUCUCAUUCUUAUACGACACACAAGUUUCGUUUCGAUAUUUCUCAUUUAAUUACCCAGCUUUCAUAAGGGCGUGCUGCGCCAGAAGCUUUCUCGGAUACUCUUCAAGCAUCUAAACAGAAGUUAGGGCCAGACAGGAAUUAGGGAGAUUGUAAUAGUGAAAGUUUACAUUUGUUACCUAUAUUGACGUCCUUCAUUUACAACUUUGCGGAUACCCCUUUCACUUCCAAAAUAUUAUAGGAAAUGGAAAUAGUAAUAUACAAGUACCUAGUGAAGAGCUACUUUAGAUAGGAUAUGUUUACAGAAGCGGAAGAACUUGAUAUAGUGCAAACCAACCUGUUA